CUCUCCCUCUAUAUAAACAACCCUCUCCUCUCUCGCGAAACCAGCAGAGAGAUACGAAGAGAAUCACUAAAAAAAGAAUAUUCCGAUGACCGGAGAAUUCGAACUCGGAAACAGUUACCAGAUCUGCGAGGAGAUCGGCCGAGGCCGAUUCGGAACAAUCACUCGCUGUUUCUCUCCCGCGACGAAACAAUUCUACGCGUGCAAAACGAUCGACAAGCGCGUGCUCGUCGACGCUCUGGACCGCGAGUGCAUAACGACGGAGCCGAGGAUCAUGGCGAUGCUGCCGCCGCAUCCGAACAUCGUCAGGAUCCACGACCUCUUCGAGACGGAGGACGCUCUCGCGAUCGUCAUGGAGCUGGUCGAUCCGCCGACGACGAUCUACGAUCGGCUGAUCUCCGCCGCCGGAGGGAGGCUAUCGGAACCGGAAGCCGCCUCGUACGCGAAGAAGAUCCUCCGCGCGGUGGCUCACUGCCACCGCCGCGGCGUGGUUCACCGCGACGUGAAGCCUGACAACGUGCUGGUCGACCUCGGGAGCGGCGGCGUUAAGCUCUGCGAUUUCGGAUCGGCGGUGUGGCUCGGCGGAGAGAAAACGGAGACGGCGGAGGGAGUGGUGGGGACGCCGUACUAUUUAGCGCCGGAGGUUGUGAUGGGGAGGAGGUACGGCGAGAAGGUGGACGUGUGGAGCGUUGGUGUUGUGAUAUACACUAUGUUGGCUGGGGAGCCGCCGUUUAAGGGAGAGACGGCGGAGGAGAUAUUCGAGACGAUUCUGAGAGGGAAUCUUAGGUUUCCACGGAAGGUGUUUGGAUCUGUAUCGGUAGAAGCUAAGGAUCUGUUGAGGAGAAUGAUUUGUCGCGAUGUUUCCCGGAGAUUUUCAGCAGAAGAUGCUCUUCGCCAUGCAUGGAUCAUGAACGUGGGAAACAUACAAAGCAAUUAAUCUCUCUGGUUUCGAUAUGAAUAGAUCUUUGAUUUGAUUAGAGUUAAGAGUAUAUAUGUGCUCUCCGUUUCGAGUAGUCAAACGUACGUAGCUGUGUUUUAAUAAUCCUACGGUUUGGCUUCGGCAUUAGAGACUGUGUAGCUUGAGAAUAUUUUGUAACGAUUUCGGAAUAAAAUGACUUUUGAGAGAUC